CGGACUCAGAGAGAGAGAGAGAGAGAGAGAGAAUCCUGUUUUUGGAGCUCAUUGUACCAUGUUGCCUCAAACCCAAGCCAUUCUUCUCGACCCCUUUUCAAUUUUCUCCCCUUGAGAGAGAGAGAGAGAGUGAGAGAGAUAUGGGGGAUCAGCAGCAGAGUGUUAAUGGGAACGGCAACAAUAACAACAACAACAACAACAAGGAGAGUAGUGGUGGUGGUGUGGAGGAAAGACCAGUUCGAGUAUAUGCCGAUGGAAUAUACGAUCUCUUCCACUUCGGUCACGCCCGCGCUCUCGAGCAAGCCAAGAAACUGUUUCCAAACACAUAUCUGCUCGUUGGAUGCUGCAAUGAUGAACUCACCCACAAGUACAAGGGCAAAACUGUCAUGAAUGAGAAGGAACGAUAUGAGUCUCUCCGCCACUGCAGAUGGGUUGAUGAGGUUAUCCCCAAUGCACCAUGGGUGCUAACAAUGGAAUUCCUUGACAACCACCAGAUUGAUUAUGUUGCACAUGAUUCUCUUCCUUAUGCUGAUGCAAGUGGGGCUGGAAAAGAUGUCUAUGAAUUUGUCAAGUCCAUUGGGAAAUUUAAGGAAACAAAACGGACUGAUGGGAUCUCCACAUCUGAUAUUAUAAUGAGGAUUCUCAAAGAUUACAAUCAGUAUGUGAUGCGUAAUUUGGACCGUGGAUAUACAAGAAAGGACUUGGGUGUUAGCUAUGUCAAGGAAAAGCGGCUUAGAGUGAACAUGGGUUUGAAGAAAUUGCGUGAGAGAGUGAAGAAACAACAAGAGAAAGUUGGAGAGAAGAUAUACUAUUCAAUCACACAACAAUGUCCCUGUGGGAAAAAAAAACUACUUAUAAGAGUUAUUCAUUGGGGAGCAGGAAACUUGUGGAUACAAACUGUAGCGAAAACUGCUAGGAUUCAUCGCAAUGAAUGGGUGGAGAAUGCUGAUCGACUGGUUGCUGGAUUUCUUGAGAUGUUUGAAGAAGGUUGCCAUAAAAUGGGAACAGCUAUCAAAGACCGAAUACAAGAGCGGCUGAGGGGGCAACAGUUAAAGGGUUUUAUAUAUGAUGAAGAAUUUGAUGUUUUCUAUGAUGACUCUGACUCUGAUGAAGAUGAAAAUGAAGAUGAAGAAGAGGAAGAAGAAAAACAUUACAAUGACAACGAAGACAAAAAAUGAGCUGCUCUUUCCAAUACUGGAUGGGAUGGAGCAUUGAUCUUGUUCAUGUGUAGCAAUAUAUGUAAACCCCUGCUCAAAUGAUCUACUCGGCAGGUACAAGAAAACUUGAGCUUGGAAAACGGUUCAAAGCUUAGAUGGGUCUUUCAUGUUCAGUUAUUAGUAUGUUCAUAUAUGCUGUGAGGAAAGAAGAGUAGUUUCCUGUUUGAAGUAACUCGUUAGCAAAGAUGUAUGGUGGAGGCAAAGCUCUUGUGAAGGGAUUCUGCUGUAAGAAUUUAGACCUAAUAUUCUAUGUAAUGCUGUGUAAUAUCUACUACGAUGGUCAACAUGUCAGAACAGUUUGUGCCAGACGUGGCACAUGGUUAACAUGUCACUUAAUUAUAUUAGAGAUUUGGUGAUAUCCCAUGGAACAGAUAUGCUCGAUCGAGUUGGCACUCCUAUGUUUAGACAUCAAGCGAGAGGAAAAUACGUUUCUUUUGGAAAUUGCUUUCGAUAACUAUUUCAGGCUAAUAAUUUCAGUUGCCCAUAUAGGGUUGGCAAUAUAUUAUUUAUUCC